AUGUCGUAUGGGCUACACGGGCGCAUCCUCGAUUCUUUAAAGGCUAGCUAUGCUGACGUGAAGUUUCGGGUCAAGUUAGGAAGGCACGAUAGAGCUGAAUGCCUUCUGGGGCUACUCGAAGCCUACUGCAAAGCGACGGGUAUGGCCGCGAAUGCCGCUAAGUGCGAGGUCCUCAUUUUUGGGGGUGCUACUCGUGAGCGGAAGCGGCUUAUUGAAGCUGCGUACCGGUUAGGUGGGGCGGGGUUGCGGGUGCUGACCGGCAACGAGACGGCACGGUAUCUCGGGUUGCACUAUGGCCCAGGAGUGCAGUUCUCAGCAUGUACCAAGCAACUACUCACAGCAGUUCCGCACCCACCGGCAUCCAACAGAAUCUGCCGGAUCGACGGCGGCCCAACUCCAUUCCUGGUCAGCUCGCAAGAUCACUUAAUGAUUGUGUGCGCCAUCCGGGAUUUGCAUUCGGGCCGCUCGCGAAUCUCCGAUCAGUGGCACCACCGUAAGCAGGCGGCGCCCAAGUCCCAAGAUGCCGCCGGGUACACGGUCUUCGCCAUCACCAUGCUGAAUGAGGACGGCAAUGCGCGCGACCUUUCUAUGUUCUACUGGCAUACGGACGGCGCUUUCGCUUGCUUGCCCCAGAUGCUCGAGUGGGCUGCAGAUAACAACCAGCAGGCCGUGGGAGAUAUCCUGUUCUAUAGGUACAUUAAUGUGAAUAUUCAGAUGGGCAUGUAG